AUGGCUCCAAGACGGAGCUUGGGAAUGUUGUCAGUUGCCGAGAAAUACGAUAUCACUCAAAUGAUUGAAAGAGGUGAGACUCGUCAUACCAUAACAGAACAGUACAAUAUUUCAUCUAGAACUCUGAGCAUAAUAAAAGACAACCGUGCAGAGAUAAUAGAAGAAUUCCAGAACAGCUUACCGGGUCCUAGCACUUCCAAAGUAGCUUCUACAAAAGAUGAAGCUAAUGAAAAAUUCGAAACAACACUUCGCCAGUGGUACAUACGAUAUAGAAAUAAAAACAUAACAAUAACGCAUGAGAUGUUAGGGAGUAAAGCUCGGGAAUUGAAUACAAAGAUGCGCGGUGCUGCUAAUUUUAAAGGCAGUACGACUUGGGUGUCAAGUUUUAAAAGACAUUACGGUUUACGUGAAGGGGAUACGCCUGAAGAUAUAGAAAUAGGAAAUGAAGAUGAAGCGAAUAAGUGCAAAGCUCAAAUUAAAAAUCUUCUGCAAAGCGGAGAAUACACAUUGGAUAACAUCUACAAUGCCGAUUGCUUAGGAAUACUGUGGACAGCAGUACCACAAAAAUCUGCAAUGUAUAAGCCAUCACUAAAGAUGAGUACCUCGCACGGAGAAAAAGUUACGAUACUUCUUGGUGCAAAUGCUACCGGAAGUCAUCAGUUGCCAGUACUAGUAGUCGGAACAAAAAUGAAUCCUCCAUGUUUAAAUUCCUUCAGAAUUCUGACAAGUAUCUACAGAGGUAGCGCCCUGCCUAUCAUAGACAGUAACCUUUUCGAUGAAUGGUUCGAUGAAUGUUUCUUAAAAUCAGUUAGAGAAAGACAACAAAAAAUAGGGCGCAGAAUGAAAACUCUGCUGUUGCUAGAUAACGUUUUCCCUCAUCACGAAACCGGGAUAGUAAGUACAAAAGAUGAAUCAGUUAAAAUCAUGUAUCUUUCAUACGACGCAGCACCGCUCAUACAACCAAUGGAUCAUGGAAUAAUCGAGUGUUUCAAGCGAAAGUACAAAAUCGAAUUGCUGAAAACAUUAGUUCCAUGUACUCAACCCUAUACAAUGCAAGGAAUGGUAAAUAACCAGUGUAACUUAAAUCUGUGGGAUUGUUGCCGCAUGGCAAGUCAUGCUUGGACAAAUGUCAGCACGUCAAUACUGAAAAACGCGUGGGACAACCUUCUGAAGGAUGAAAGCGGACAGAGUUUGGAAGAGCCCGAAAUAAGACAGGACAUAUAUCAAGCACUUGAAGAACUGAGUAAAAUACCAGGAUGCGGAGGGUGCGACAGUAUCGAUGUGAUGAACUGGUUUGAAACUAACAAGAAAUAUGCCCCAUCAUUAAUUCGAUCUCAACAGUACUCUUCUGCACUUUAUGAAUGCAACUAUGGACACAGAAGCGAACAAACCAACUGA